AUGCACUCCGCGCUCAAUCGGUUUCAGAGCGUCUUUGGAUUCUUCACCACAGUUGCAUUUCUGCUGAGUGCCCUAACAGCGCUGACCGUUGUAUUGAGUCCUGCGGAUCCGGUUACGAACGUUGAGCUUUCGAACAUACAAGUAAUUAAGGGACGACCGCAUUACUAUGCAACGAAGCGCGAGGAAUAUGCACAGAUUAGAUUCGAUCUUGAUGCUAACCUAACCUCCCUCUUCAACUGGAACACCAAGCAACUCUUCGUCUACGUCCUCGCCUCCUACCCUACAUCACCCUCUUCUUCGUCAAACCUAACCACCGAAUCCAUAAUCUGGGACACCAUAAUCCCAGCCACCGAAUCCCCUUAUUCCAUCCCCGCCCUAACCCGCCGUUUCUUCCCCUCCAAAAAGUCGAAAUCCUCAAAAUCCUCCAAAACGAGCAAAAACACAUCCACGAACUCUAAUAAAAGUUCCAAGAAACCAGGCCUCCUCCGCCUCCGUAACCAAAAGAACAAAUACCAAAUUACAGAUAUAUCCGGCCGCAUGGCUGAGCGUGAGAAUGCGCAGCUUGUCGUGGCUUGGAAUGUGCAGCCGUGGGUGGGGGCACUGAUGUGGAGUCCCCACAGCAAGGUUGCGGAGAAUAUUGGCGGGGCGUUGGGUGGACUUCUUGAUAUGACUAUUAUUACCGGGGGGAAGGGUGGGAGGAGUAAACCAUUCAACUUCCCCGCGUUGAAGGGUUCGAAGAGGAGGGAGGGAGACAACAGCGGGUAG